ACCCCCCCCCCUCCCCCCCGCUCAGGCAGAACACAUCCGGGGUAGUAGUCUGGCAACCCCGCAGAGUACAGGGCACAGACUCCCAAACCGUCCCCCCGCGACCGUCCAACGAUGGUCAAAGAAGUCUCCGCGAUGGAACAGGGCGUUGCCGUGACCGUCCUCCACGCCACGUCCAGCGGCAAGGACAUCAAGAAGGCGUCGUCAUCGGACGCCCCAUCCAAACCAAUCUCCAAAACCGCGCAGCUAGACGACGCCUUCAGCACACCCUCCACCGCAACCCCCGCGCACGCCCCGCACGCGCCCUUAAAGGCCAGCUAUGCGGCGCGGGUGUUUGGGCGGCACUUGAUGAAUGCGCUGGCGUGCAUGGUCCCGUACGUCCUUGCGGCGAUGCUGCCGAUCCAGAUCGUGUAUGAUAAAGGGUCGAAGGAAGGGGCGUUUACGCUGUGGAUUUUCGAGUCGUUCUUCUUGUCGAAUUUUAGUGAGUGUGACGGGGGAUAUUUGCGGAGUGAAAAGCUGGGAAUGAAAAGGGGGACCCGCGGGGAAAAUGGGAUUGACACCCGUCUUUUUUCUUUUUCUUUUUCCCCAGGCUUCGUCUACUCCAACGUCUUCUGGCACCGCUCCCUCCUUGGGCUCCCGUUCACGUUCCGGCACGACUUCAAAGCGAUCCAGCUGCCGUGCCUGGUGUGCGCGGUCGUCACCUGCGGCGUGUACAUCCUUGUCGGGCGCGCGUUCACCUGGCCGCUGAACAACCCGGCGUCGGCCGUGUGGGGCGGGACCCAGUACACGACCGUGCCCCCCUUGACGACGUGGUUCCUGCUGCCGAAGGAGAUGAAGGCGGAACCGGGGUUCUUGAAACGGUUCUUGUGGAAUGCUUAUGUGCCCGCGAAUGCGUUUGUGUUUUUCUUUAUGACUGCGUGAGUGUGGGUGGGGCCUCAGAAUGUGCAUUUUUUUUUUGGCGGGG